AUGAAACUUAUAUUCAUUUACCUUCUACUAAUGGCAAACAAAUCGGGACGUCAGCAUCACCACCACACCAACCUCACCGAAGAAACUCCGAACGCGAGUCCUGCAAUCAACACCCAAUCACAUUCCUACACGUCGCAGCAACAAGCUCAGAAGCAGCAGCAGCAGCUGCGUCAGCAGCAGCAGCAGCAGCUGCAGCAACAACAGCAUCGCCACAGCGGCAGCAACAAAAACGUCCUCAGCGAGGAUCAGUUUUACAUCGAAAGAGACUGCGUGGAAGGCUGCAGCAUGAUGAUUCCCUCCCAACUUGCCAUGAAGUACUCACAAUUUGGCUGCCAGGCUGGCGUCCUACCUACCUUCGUCAGCGUCCACUCCUCAACAACUACUCACCGAUACAAUAUCGAGGCCAUUCACAACGACCAAGACUUUGACGGUAACAACAUCGAAUUGUUAAAUGAGAAAAUUAUCGACGAUGGUAAGACUAAAAAACGUUCAAAAAGCUCUUUAAAUGUCGUUGCCCCGAGCGAUCAAAAAUUGCAGACACAACAGCCACCGUCGUAUAGCCAAGCACAUCAGCAGCAGCAGCAACAGCAACUACAACAACCACAAGAAAACGAACUAAUUUGGCAACAACGACAUGGUGAAAACCAGCCAAUGAAAAAUUUGAAAAAAGAAAAGAGAAAUUCUCGCGUUUAUAGUUCCUCGGUGCAAAUUGAAACUUCAAACAAUACAGUCGUUAAUACAAACAACAACAGCCACACCAGCAACGCCAACAACAACACUUACAACAACAACAAUGGUAAUAAUAACAACAACAACACAGGCCCAACAUUCGACGAUGACAGCAACACAAACAACAACAGCACAACCAAUAAAAGCAAUAUAAAAACAAACAAUCAAACUGACUUUAGAACACAACAACAAAUGUAUCAGCAGCAGCAAGCUUCCAAACAAUGUCAACAUCGACACCACCGCCACCAGCGACACCAACCACAGCCACAGCCAGAACAGCUAAUAGCCGACGAACAAGAGAAGCACACGUGGCUACGACAGCAACUACCACAACCUCAGAAGCAGGCAGAACUUCAGCAGCUAACGCAACAAACCUACCCCCUCCAACAACUUUCAACAACAUCUCAUCACAAUGCCACUCUCAACAACAAAGCCAGGCAGGCUUUUUAUAACACUUAA